CGGUCACACGCUGAGCACCAGCAGCAAACUCGGAGUUUUGGUUUGUUUUAGUUAAUAAAAACUGCAAUAAGAAACGCGAAAAGCCAUUGAGCAAAACAACUGAGAAUUGCGUUUGCAAAUUGAAUCGGAUUGGCGAGCGGCAAUCGUAGUGCGUUCAAAUACAAGCCGCAGGAUGUGGCCACAAACGCUGCAAAUGUCGCGCGACGAAUGUCGAGGCAUGCUGCGUCGACUUGAGCUUGAAUCGUACUCGCACAUUAUUAGCGUUUUUCGCGCCCAAGGCUCGCUAAGUGAAACGAAAGCGAAACUGUUGGAGGAAUUGCGUCAAGUGUUUCACAUCACCCAGGAGCGACAUUGUGCAGAGGUGCGACGCGCUGCCAACGAUGAACAGCUCUGCACCAUAGCUGAGAACGUCUGCGGUCCCAACACAUGGCAGGAAUGGUCACGUGAAGGUCGCCGGCCCUAUCCGCUGCUGCCACGCAUCAGCCCACAAACUGCGCUCAGCAUUGUGGCCAAUGAUUUGGCAGCGAAAGCUUUGGCGGAAAAUGCCAAACUUGCGUCGCCACAUGAGACUGGCGCCAAUCUUGGCGAAGCGCUUCGGGAGCAGGCAAAUUACGUGAUGCUAAAGCAUGGCAAGCACAAGUAUCAGGAGCAGCCCCAUGUCAUUAUGGAGGAGCCGUUCAAGGUACCCGAUUUACCUAACGAGAUCAAGAAGGCCACAUUGAAGCGCAAGGAGAACGAUGCCGGUGAGGCGUCGAAGCCCAACAAGAAGCGGAACACUCAACACGAUUAUCGGCAACAACUACAACAGGGGCAACAGCAACAACAACAGCAAAUAGCUGCACAAGAUGAGGAUGGACAUGUGGGACAUCCGGUGGAGCAGCGACCGAGUCCGCGGACAAUGCAGCAACGUUACUUUUACCAACAGCAGCAGAAGCACAAGCAACGCUUGUCCAGUAAAAAGGGUGCAGCACAUGCAACCCUGGCCAAUAACAGUGGCAAUUUGUCGCCUGCUGCAGCCAACACAAAGCCAGCGAAAAGCGGACGGCGACGAGCGCAGAAACAGUUGCAGCUGCAGCAAAAGCAACAGCAAGAGCAGCAGCAACAACAACAGCAGCAACAUAAAGUAUUAUUGGCGACAACGCUGCCAGCUGUAACAGCAGCAGCAGCAGAGCCGACGACGCCGACAACAACGCCGCAGCUACAGCAGCACCCAAAUGCCAAUCACUUGGUUCAACCACAUGUGGAAUAUAUACUCGAUGAGGCACUCAAAUCGGUGGCAGCCAGCAAACUGAAGACAUUGUCGCCCGUUGUACAGCAAUCGCCAGCAAUAACGCCACGUUCGAUUGUAAGCUCACCCGUUGUGUUUAAAGAUAACAAGAUGUCGCCCACGCCACAGCAGCAACAGCAACAACCAUUGUCACAAUUGAGCACGCCGGUUAAGAAAUACAUUGUGGAGGAGCGUCAAGCAUCGCCCACAAUUUGCACCGCAAACUUGCCGCUGGCACCGCAAAUCAUAAGCGUGCAACAGAUUGCGGCGCCACCCAAGGUGCGCAGUACCACAAUAUUGCCACCAGGCACCAAAUUGACGCCCAAGAAGAUUCAGCUACUGGACAAGCAGCCGCUGCCGCAGACGCCGACUUUGCCCACUGUUGUCAGUCCAAGCACAGCACAACUGCGAGUUAUCGCCUACGAUCAACAGCAACAGCAGCCAAGUCCGCAUGCCAUCAGCAAUCUCAGCAGCAAGGCAACCACUGCGGCUGCAGCUGCAACAACCCCACAAAAGUACAUUGUGGAGGAGCGUGUGCCCAGCCAGACGGCGACUCCAACUUCGAGUCAGAGCCAGAGCAUAGCGACGCCACUGAGCAGCGCGAGUGCUGUGAAUAUCAUCAAAAAUAUACCAGCGAGCAGUUUGAACAACACGCUCAUCACACCGCUAACAAAUGCGAUGCCCGUGUUUCGCAAAGCGACGACGAGCACGGUGGGAGCAGCAACAGUUACCGCAUCCCCCGUGGCAACUGCUGCUUCGCCAUCGACGUCACAAUUGCUGGGCAACAUUAAGCUGAGCAGCAGCAGCAUCAAACAGGUGCCGAGCAGCGCGUUGCGCAAUAUCAAGAUUUGCUCGCCUAAUGGCAAAGUAUUUCUGCCAGCCACCAAGCUGCAUGCGGGCAGCAUAAUACACAAGCUCAAUCCCAGUCCCAGCAAUCCCACGGCGGCUGCUGCAGCUGGCGGCACAACAGUGAGCAAGACCACAGUUAGCGUAAGCAAUGCAGCUUUGUCGCCCACUGGUCAUCAGUUGACAACGCCAACGUCUCCGCAGCCAGCAGCGCAGCAGCGUAUAACCAUACAGAAGAUGCAGUUGCUUACCCCAACGCAAAUGACGAGCGGCGGCGUUGCCAAAGGCAAACCCACCACAUUGAGUGUGAGCAAGAGUAACCUGGUCUUUCUGCCCACCAGCGGCAUGCGAGCGGUUACACUCGCCUCCUCUGCCGCCACCAGUAAACCGAAGACGACAUCUGAACUGCUGUCAACAGCCAAACCCAAUGUAUUGGUGAUUGGACCAGCUUCAGCGACAGCGAAUGCAGCCAGCAGCAGCAGCAGUACGCAACAACAACAACAACAGACUGUGGUUGCCGCUACGACAAGCAUCUUGGGAGCAGCAGGCAAGGCGAAGCCGACUGCCAAUCAACUGAUUACAGAGGACACGCCCAUCGAUAUCAUUAAUAUGCCCAUCAUUGUGGCGAGUGACAAUGGAGCCUCAACGGAGGCGUCGCCAAAGACGCCUGCAGCAAAGACGGCGCCAACGUCGAUGGUUGUGUUAAAUGCCACCGAUUGGGAAAUGGAAUUGGAUCAGGCUUCAAAGGCUUCGUCGGCUGUUGUUACGCCCAGCACAACAACUGCAGCAGCGAGCACAACAACAACGCCAACAAGCACGGUGUCGAAUGCUGCAAGCAAGAAGUUGCUGGAGGCGCUGGUUGUAGAGGAUGUGAGGGAAGAGGAAGUGCCGACAGCAGCAGCAGCAGGAGGAGGAGAAACAGCUACAACACAGCUCAACAAUCGCAUAAUUGAACUGCAGGAUGAUGAUGGCAGCGCAAUCGAGUAUGUGGACAUGGAACUGGAGCAGCCCAUUGAGAUUGAGAGCAGCAGCAGCAUAACAGCGCCGCUGGAGGCGAUCAGCAGCAAGGUGACGACAGUGACAGUGUUGGAGGAGUCGAAGAAACCAAUGGAAGUGACAAGAAUGGCAGCGACGACAACAACAACUUUGCCAUAGGCAUCAAAUUGCCACUCGAAUUUGAUUUGCAUCUUCUGCUGAUCUGCGAGAGAAACGCACAACAAAACACAUACACACACACACACACACAGGACAGACGACACACUCACACACCCAGAAAGCCAGCCCCGGUUUAGUUUAGCAUUAGUUGAUAGAUUAGUUUCGAGUGCAAGAUUAUCAUUAUCAUUAUAUUUAUGCAUAUAUAUAGAUAUAUUGUAAAUUCAACUAUCUUUGAGAAUCCUCGUUCAUCCCAUUGAGAAUCGCGUUCAUCUAGUUUGUAAUUGCAGCAGUCACACUAAACCUUGUUUUAUACUAUACCAUACCAUAUAUUGGCAUUGAUUUCUCCAAAGUUGCCAGGCAUCGAAUUACCUUAAAACUAAAACACAAUUGUAAAUAGCAUUUCUCUUUUACUUUCUCUUUAGUUUAGAUAAGCUUUUUACGUUUUAAACAGAAAGAAAAAAUCCCCAAACAGAACAGCCAGCAAAGCAAAGCAGCAGAUGAUGAUCAUAUUAUGAAAUAAGAUUCAAGUGUUUUUAUUAAUUUUUUUGAUUAUUUUCAAAUGAGAUUAUAGAAUUUAGUUAAAUCAACGCCUCAAACAAUGGCCGCUAUUAAAAACAAAAGAAGAAUUCAAAACAAAAAUUGUAAAUAUUUAAGUCGAAAGAAAUACCAAUUGAAGAUUUAUUGAUCUAGAAUUCAUGUAUAUGUACCAUGUAAAGAUAAAGAAUAGUUUUUUGGGACUACAAAUAAUAAUAAUAAUAACUGCAAAUUAUAAAUGAUCCAUUUUGAUGACUACUACUCGCCGGGUAGUUUAGCACUUAAGAAUUUUAUGCGUCGAUUUUGUAAUAGCCAAAUUAUCCAAAACGACAAACACAAAACGUUAAAAGGAAAUGUUGCAAUUUUUUAAGACAACACUCAGUUUGAUGC